AGUCCAAAAUUCUUAAAAUCAACAAACACAAAUCACAAAAAAGAUUCACGUAUGAAUUCGGAGUUCAUUUAACUACCUUAUGGAGCUAAAAUAGCUUCAACAAAAACCGAAUUCCACAUACCAACCUACUUAUGAAAUCAAAUUAUACAAUUCAACCAAUUCAACAACAACUUGCUCAAUAAUUGAAGAAAAACUAGGUUCUCUAGUUUCAUGGCUUCAAAUUGUCCUUUCGUUUCGCUAUACCAUUGCUGACAAUGUCAGCUACUUCACAAUCGAUCACGUCCUCUGAACUUUCCCUCGUCACGCGACGUCGGGCCGCUGUUCGGAGAGUGCAGCCUACCAUCGCUGCCAUGGGCAUUGCUGAUUCCGACUUAGCCCCAGCGACUGCCGCCGCAGCAGUUCCUCAAUCCUCCAGCCUUGAUAUACUCGCGACAGGCGAUGAAGCUACUCAGGAACUUUGCCAUCCUUCCAGACGGACUGAAACUCGCAAUGCAGUUCCGGUAGUUAAGAGACCUUCUCCUAAUUCCAAUGGCGCCGUACUUUUGUCCAGCCGUGUGGCUACAAAGAAGAAAGUCUCCAAACGGGUGAAACCGAGAUGGCUUACUGUUGUCAGAUUAUUCACUAAGAAUUCGUUAUUUUUGUUGAUCCUGAUGGGCUUGAUUCAAAUGGUACAGAGAUUGGUUAUGGAUUCUAACACACUAAAUAUUGACAGACUAGCUGUUAUCUGGGGGGAUUUCGAUGGAAAAUUUGCAGAGGCUGAGGUUUUUGUGAAGAAGACCACUAAAAUGAUGCAGGUUCAAGUUGAGCUGAUCGAGAGAAAACUAGAAAAUAAAAUCCAACCUGUAAAAGGUGAAUUUAGUAAAAAGCUUGAGGCAAAAGAAGCUGAAUUCGUGUCAAAACUUAAUGAGUUGGAUGAAAGGACUGUGAAUUUGGAGUCAUCUGUGUCCAAAAUGGGAGCAGAAAAUUGGUUGUCAAAAGAAGAGUUUGAUAAGUUCCUGGAAGAGUUCAAGGAGAAAAAAUCAAGUGAAAACAGUGGUGUGAGUUUGGAUGAAAUAAAGUUAUAUGCUAGGGAGAGUGUGGAGAGGGAGAUUGCAAAACAUGUUGCCGAUGGCCUAGGGUGGAUGGACUAUGCCUUGGCUGCUGGUGGAGCUAGGGUGGUGAAGCAUUCACAGCCCUAUAUCAUUUCCAAGGGAUGGAGUGGCAGUUGGAUUUCAUUACCUACCCGGAACACUGUGCAUAAGGAUGCCAAUAAGAUCUUGUCACCAAGUUUUGGAGAACCUGGGCAAUGUUUGCCUCUUAGAGGGAGCAAUGGAUUUGUCCAAGUGAGGCUCAGGGCAGCCAUUAUUCCAGAAGCUGUGACUCUGGAGCAUGUUGCUAAGAGUGUUGCUUAUGAUAGGUCUAGUGCUCCCAAGGACUGCAGGGUCUUUGGAUGGCUCCAAGGUGAAGAUACGAGUGGUGAUGAAACUUCACAUAGUGACAAGAGGUUUCUGUUGACGGAAUUCACCUAUGAUCUUGAGAAGAGUAAUGCCCAAACUUACAAACUGGCACAGUCUGCGGAGACCGUUGUUGUGGACACCAUAAGAAUAGUUCAAGGAGCAAAUCCGCGCAAGUCUUCAUGGACGCCCAGCCUUGUCCAUAGCCCCCACCAGAACGCAUGUGAGUAUCCUGAGUUCGUGGAAAGCUGGGUUAGGCUUGGUGGGAAAGUGAUCCUCGCAAUUGUCCCCCACAUUGGGCAUGACGGGGUGGCCAUAGGAACGGGGAACAAGGUUGUCAUUAUGGCAGUUGUUCUUAAAGGAAUGAAGCACAAAGGUGAUGAUGGUGCCCUUCGUGUGACUGAGAUUUAGGGGGGGGGGGGAUGGUGGUGUUGUCCAAGUUACUGGUAGACAUAGUUUUUUUGAGAAGGAAACACAGAGGUCCCACGAGUGGCGCUAAUAUGAUGGUGU